GCGCGGGGCGGACGGUUGGGCGGGCGAACGUGCGCGCGCAGUGAGCGAGCGAGCGAGGCGGCGGCGGCGGAACCUCGGCGACAGGGCGGCUCGUCGGCUGCUCGCCGCCCCCACCUGCACCUGCCAUCGGUCCCCGGCUCCGGCCGCUGUCUCUGCGGGAUGUCCGGCGAGCCCGUCCCGAGUGAUCCUGGAAACAUGCCAAUACUUGAACAACUUGGAUUUGACCAGAGCUCAGAUUUCUCAGACACGUCCUUCCAGCAGAAGUUGGAUGAGGCUAAAGAGCAGAUUAAACGGGAGAUCAGGAGAGAGUUGAAGAUAAAAGAAGGUGCGGAGAACCUGCGAAAAGUGACAACUGAUAAAAAGAACCUGUCCAAUGUGGAGCACGUCCUGAAAAACUCCAAUCGAAAACUGGAGACGCUGCACGAACAACUGCAGGAUCUCAAUGCACACAUUGUGGUGAAAGAUCCAGACGAACUGCAAGAUGGACCUCGGUCUCCUGGUGCUUUGAGCCGAGAGGCUCGUUCAACGGCCAACAAGAACCGCAUUGUGGCACUUGAAAAGCAGCUAAAUAUCGAGAUGAAGGUGAAACAAGGAGCUGAGAAUAUGAUCCAAAUGUACUCCACUGGACCCAUAAAGGAUCGAAAGAUGCUCUCCACGGCUCAACAGAUGCUGCAGGACAGUAAAAUCAAAAUUGAAGUGAUCCGCAUGCAGAUCCGCAAAGCGAUACAGGCAGAUGAGAUGCACGUGGAAAUUGAGGAUGGUCAAGCCAAGCCGGAAAUUAGUCUCCUUGAAAUAAGAAUUGAAGAGCUGCGGCAUCAUGUCCGUGUGGAAUAUGCAGUAUCAGAAGGUGCCAAAAAUGUUCUUCGCCUUCUGGGGUCAGGGAAGGUACACGAUAAGAAGGCGCUGUCUGAGGCUCAAUCCAGGCUGAACGAGUCAAGUGAAAAGCUGGACCUAUUGAAACAUUCUCUGGAGCAGAGAGUAAACGAGCUCCCAGAAGAUCAUCCCAAAGGGUGUAUUAUUAAAGAGGAACUCGUCAUGUUGUGCUCUCCAGCAUUCAGUAAUCGGAUCAAUGCUUCGUAUCAACAGAACCAGUACAGCACACUGUACAAACCUUCGCCACUAACAGGCAUGUUGGAGGUCCGUGUUGUGGGCUGCACGGGUCUACUGGAGUCGGUCCCAGGGCGCUCUCGAGGGUCAGGUACUCCUCUGCCUGCAUACAGCCCCAAUGACAGUAGGAAUUCUUUCAUGAGCAGGACCAGCCGGGGCUUGUAUGGAAGGAGCGGGAGUGGCAGCGGUCGUAACUUCAUGAAAACCGAAGAUUUGUCCAAUGAAGUGAGUGCCGUCCUGAAGCUUGACAACAUAGUUGUUGGGCAGACAGCUUGGAAAGCAAUAGGUGACCAAUCGUGGAAUCAUAACUUCACAGUGGAGUUAGAACGUACUCGGGAAUUGGAGAUCAGUGUUUACUGGCGAGAUUGGCGUUCACUCUGUGCAUUAAAGUAUCUCAAGCUGGAAGAUUUCCUGGACAAUCAGCGGCAUGAAAUCCACUUGGAUCUGGAGCCUCAGGGGGUGCUACUGACCGAGGUCACUUUCUCCAACCCAGUGAUUGAAAGAAUAACCAAGCUGCGUCGACAGAAGAAGAUCUUCUCCAAGCAGCAAGGGAAGACUUUUCUUCGAGCUCCUCAGAUGAAUAUCAACAUUGCCACUUGGGGUCGAUUGUUGAGGAAAGCAUUUCCCACAGUUAACUCCACUGGGACGUACAGUCCCUCGUCUUACAUGAAUGCUGUCACUGAUGGUCGGCAGCCACUAUCCACCAACAUGCCAGGAGACCUAUCGUUUGAGAAGUUGUCGUUAGAUUUGUCAGAUGAAGGGUCAAGUACGCCCCGAAAAGCUUCUUUGGAGUCGAGGAGCAGCCUCAACGGUGAAAAGCCAAUGCAGCUGGACGAAACUGAUGCAAAUCAACCAGUUUCCCCAGAAAGGUCCAGUUUAUCAUCAGGCAUAGAAGAUAAGCAACACAGCAUACCUCUCAAAUCUUCACUGAGUCUACAUGAUUUCAAACUCAUUGCAGUCUUGGGCAGGGGACACUUUGGAAAGGUGCUCUUGUCGGAAUACAGAAAGUCUGGACAGCUGUUUGCCAUAAAAGCCUUGAAGAAAGGAGAUAUUGUCGCAAGAGAUGAGGUUGACAGGUGAAAUUUUAUUUCCUCUUUAAUCACAGGUGCACUGUAUUUCAUUCACAAUUGAAG